AUGGGCCGUGAAGGAGUGCCGCUAAUUGCGUCUUUGAACGCUAGCAAUGAAGUCAUGCUACUGGUGGGGACAGGCGGAUCAGGGCGAGUGGUCAGUCGACUGAGGGGGUUGCUUAAUACAGGUGCACAGUGCAUUGUGGUACAGCCCUCGAACAGCAAACUCGUGGCGCAACUAUAUCGGGAAUUUGCGGGGGAGCCGCUGCUCCGGAUCUUAGAUCGGGCGUUUGCAUUGGAAGACCUGACGACCCUAGGGAGGUACGAGGCCAGCAAUGUGGUGGAUCGGGUAUUUCUGACGCCGGGUCACAGUGCUGAUGAGAUAUUACAGGCCCAUGCGGUGUACCGGCAGUGCAUCAAACUGCGCAUUCCCAUCAACACGAGCCAACGGCCGGAACUUUCGACCUUUUCGCUGCCGUCAACCUACAGGGACCCGAAAGGCUCCGGGUUGCAGGUGGCCGUCACUACUGAUGGCCGCGGCUGCGUACUGGCCAACAGAAUCAGACGUGAAAUUGUGAGCAAGCUGCCUGCCAAUAUCUCCGAGGUAGUCAGCAACAUGGGUCGGCUGCGGGACUGCAUAACCACACGUGACCAUGCGGAAUUGCUCCAGACGGUUGACUUAGAGUCCGAGCUCGAGACCAUGGGCAUCCUGCCCGAUGAGGACCAAUGGGCGUCGCACCGCUUUAAUAAGCUGGUCCAGGAGUUUCGGAUGAAGGAGUCCGACCAGCGACUCAAGCGGCUCCGGUGGCUCUCCCAGAUAAUGGAGUACUACCCUUUGAGCGAGCUAGCGGAUGUGUCCGUUGACAAACUGUUGGAUGAGCAGACUGGAGCCGCGUGUUCUGGAACGACAGCGACAACCGGAGCCGCAUCCGUGACUGGGGCCACAGAGGACACGGCUGCUGAGCCUGCUGAGGGGGUGGCAUCCGAUAGCUCUGGCGCUCGCGACCUAGCACGCAGUGCCGCAGGCUCCAUCGCACUUGUUGGCAGUGGCCCUGGCUCCCUCUCCAUGCUCACGCUAGGCGCACUCAGCGAGAUUAAGUCCGCAGACCUUGUCCUCGCAGACAAGCUGGUUCCGCAAGAGGUGAUGAAUACAAUUCCAGCGGGCACUGAGACCUUCAUCGCCAGAAAGUUCCCGGGCAAUGCGGAGCGCGCACAGGAAGAGCUAGCCGAAAAGGCUCUAGCCGCGCUUCGGGAGGGAAAGAGGGUUGUGCGCUUGAAACAGGGCGAUCCGUACAUCUUCGGUAGAGGCGGCGAAGAGUACCUGCUUUUCAAGCGGCAUGGGUUUGAGCCUCGCGUUGUACCUGGUAUUAGCUCAGCUCUCGCUGCCACUACUGUCGCACAUAUUCCGGCCACGCAGCGUGACGUCGCAGAGCAGGUCUUGAUAUGUACCGGCACUGGUAGGCGGGGAGUGCUGCCCCCUGCUCCCGAGUUUGUCGCCGCACGCACUACAAUUUUCCUAAUGGCGCUGCAUCGUGUGGGGGACCUUGUCCAGGCCCUGCUGGAACAGCAAUGGGACCCUCAGGUGCCAGCAGCCAUUGUCGAGCGUGCCUCGUGUCCGGACCAGCGCGUGACCAGAACCACGCUUGCAAGCGUGCCUGAGGUCGUCGAACAGAUCGGCUCACGCCCGCCAGGGCUGCUGAUUGUCGGUCACGCAGUGACUUCACUAAAAGGGUUAGGGUCCGAACAGGCAGGCGCCCUGCACUACUCUGUCGAAGAGGGAUACGGAGAUGACAUCCCGACACUACUAGAAACACUUGUUCCUGUAUAG